ACUAUAUAUAAAAUAUUUAUAUAUUUAUAUAAAUAUAUAUAUAUUUUUUCCCAUGGGCUAAAGGGGAGGCAGUGAUGGGGAAGAAAAGAGUGGAAUUUAACCUCCGGGAAUAAAGCAUUUGAAAACCUUAAGGUAAAUGCUUUUUUUUUCCAUUACUAAGAACAGAAAUCAAAAUAUCAGUUCAUUAGCAGGGUCAGAAGUGUUGGAUAUUUUCCAAAAGAGAAACAACAACAACAACAAUCAUAGCUAAUGCUUAUGGAACAUGUACCAGGUGCCCGGAUUCUUGCCAAACCCUCAACAAGAGGUAUCUCAUUUAGUCUUCUUGACAACCAUUUGAAAUAAGAGCCACUGUUCUUUAUCUUUUCUCAGUGGGAGGACCUGGUUGUGUAAAGAGGUUAAGUAACUUUACCCAGGCACUGUGAGCAGCUGGGAUUUAGCCAAACAGACUGGCUUCAGCACCUGGACCAGGGAGCUGUGGAAUUAAGGCUCUGGUUUCUAUCCAGCUGAAUGACAUUGGGGAGAAUAUUUUUAAAGGCCCCAAUGUGCUCAUCUGUAAAAAUAACGGGGUUGUGAUGGGUGAUCUCAAAGAUCCCCGCCAACUCUCUAGCAGCUCACCAAGUUAAUAUCCAGAUCAAUAUCCAUCGCAUCCAUGGCACUGUUGCCAUUCAUUCCUACAGUUCACUGUAGGAAGUUAAGGGGUGGAGUGGAGCAGAGAGUGGGCAGGGAAAUGGCUGCAUUGUGAAUCAAAUGUUUUCCUAACAGGAGCAGCUGUUCCAACUGGCACAAGCCCCGGCAGGUAGGAUUGCUAGGUGACUACAGGAGUGAGAUGGGAGCAGGGCCCACUCUUAACAUGCCUCGUGUGGCUGCCACAGUUGAUCCUUUAGUUGACCAGUUAAUUUCUCCCUUGGAAGUGUCCUUACCGUCCGCAUCAAUCCCCAGUGCACUUCACAUUGGCUGCGAGAUCGCUUGCAGCACUGCAAGCAGGUGAACUCUGAGAACCCUCUGUAAUGCAACCAGACCUGUGCUUUUCCUGGUUCCCCUGAAUUACACUGGCUGAUACUUCCAGGAAUUCUGCAGCAGCCCUGGUGGUUUUGUUCUUUCUCCAGAAAAGGAAGUUGGAGAGGGGGUUGGGUGGGAAGGAGAAUGAGAAUCCUUUAAGUUCUUUGAAAUGACCUCAAAUCUGAGGUUGUCAGGCUUUUAAAGAGAGCCAGUAGGUAGUCACUCCACAUAUUGUAGAUAAUACUGUGUCAACAGCUCAAGUUAUCUGAAGCUCUCUUUGUGAAACGGGACCCAACUUUUGCUCUCUGGGAACACUAUCACAUUUCUCUCUGGCAUGCAAACUUAGGUGUGUUUGAUGAAGGGAGCCUGCCUCUCCACUCCUGUGGGUAUUUCUUGCAAGGUGGAGAUGAGAGACUGAGAAAAGAAAUAAGACACAGAGACAAAGUAUAGAGGAAGAAAAGUGGGCCCCGGGGGACCGGCGCUUAGUAAGUGAGGACCAACACCGGCGCUGGUCUCUGAGUUCUCUCAGUAUUUAUUGAUCACUAUUUUUCCUAUCUUGGCGAGGGGAAUGUGGUGGGGCUAUAGGGUGAAGGUGGGGAGAGGGUCAGCAGAAAAACAUGUGAGUAAAGGAAUCUGUGUCAUAAAUAAGUUUAAGGAAAAGUGCUGGGCCUAAAUGUACACGUAGGCUAGAUUUAUGUUUAACUUUACAUAAACAUCUCAGUGCAGUAAAGAGUAGUAUUGCUGCCAUGAUGUCUCGCCUGUAUCCAUAAGGCGAUUUUCUCUUAGAGUAGAAUGUAUGGUUGGUUUUACAUUGAGUCAUUCCAUUCCCAGAGACAGAUGCCUUCCUCUUAUCUCAACCGCAUUGAGGCCUUCUUCUUUCACUAAUCCUCCUCAGCACAGACCCUUUACGGAUGUCGGGCUGGGGGUGCUGUAAGGUCUUUCCCUUCCCACGAGGCCGUGUCUCAGGCUGUCUCAGUGGGGGGAAACCUGGACAAUACCCAGGCUUUCUUGGGCAGGGGUUUCUGUGGCCUUCCGCAGUGCAUUGUGUCUCUAGUUAAUAGAGAAUGGAGAAUGGCGAUGACUUUUACAAAGCAUACUGCCUGCAAACACAUUUUUACCAAGGCACAUCCUGCACAGCCCUAGAUCCAUUAAACCUUGAUUCAGUACAGCACAUGUUUUUGUGAGCACAAGGUUGGGACAAAAGUUACAGAUUAACAGCAUCUCAAAGCAGAACAAAAUGGAGUUUCUUAUGUCUUCUGUUUUCUACAUAGACACAGUAACAAUCUGAUCUCUCUUUCUUUUCCCCACAUUUACUUCAUUAUAUGAUAUCAACACUGACUCUUUCAUGUAAAAUGUCACUCCUAGGUUCCUUCCGCCCUCGUGUCCUGCCUGUGCCCCCAAGGGUGUAAUUCUUUGUUCCCUCUUCCCAUAGUCAGUGUGUGUGUGUGUGUGUGUGUGUGUGUGUGUGUGUGUGUAUAUACUAUAUUCUGACACAUCAUUAGAAUCUAAAUCUACCUUGUUAUAUUUUUCUGCCGCUGAUAAUCUUCUACUUAGACAUGUUACAAAUGUAUUUUUUAAAGUAAGUUUUUGAAGAGACAGGGUCUCACUGUCGCCCAGGCUGGAGUGCAGUGCUGCCAUCAUAGCUCACUGCAGCCUUGAUCUCCUUGGCUCAAGCAAUCCUCCCGCCUCAACCUCCUGAGUAGAUGAGACUACACGUGCGUGCCACCAUGCCUGGCACACAUUCAUUUUUCAUUAUCUGUGUCUGUAUGUGCCCAGAGGUACAGAUAACACUAAAAUGAAAAGAGGUGGCAGAGAACAGGAAGAGAAAGAAACCAGAGGAGCCGAUAUCCUUAAAUGCUGUGGCUCCUAAGGACUGCCAGCAGGUUGUGGGGCUAGCCAGAAAAAAUAGAGCCUCUGAUUCUAGAAGGCUUGGAGAAAGUGUGAGAAGGGAGAUCAGAUCGGAAUAGACUGAUGGAAGGGGAAGGCGGUGAGGGUGAAGCAAGAGAAACUCGGCUCCAGUGAAAAGGACCCAUCAUUGCAUUCCAGAACGUAAUUUGCAUUUCAUAUGUAAAUGAGGAGACUUCCUAGAGGCUGGACUGGGCUGGGCUUAGCUGAGCCUUUGCAAACAGCAGGGAUUCAGCCCUGGGGAACUGCAGACCAAAGUGCGAGAGGGACGCACCGCAUCUCCAGGCACAUCCAAAAAGGAUGGACGAGACACCGAAGCAGAGGAUACAGGAGGAUUAAAGGAUUCCGGAAAGCAAGCAGCCCUCCAGAGAAGCUGUCGAAAUUCAAGACUGGCAAGAGAAGUAAAUUCAACCUCUCACACCGAUCAUUUCUCAUUCCCUGAAAAGAAGAGAUUGUUUCCCCAGGGAAGUGAAAAUAAUGAACUUUUGGAGGUACUGCUUUUUUGCUUUCACUCUGCUCAGCGUGGUCAUUUUUGUGAGAUUUUACAGUAGCCAAUUGAGCCCGCCAAAAAGUUAUGAGAAGCUGAACAGUUCCAGUGAAAGGUAUUUUAGGAAAACUGCCUGUAAUCACGCCUUAGAGAAAACGCCAGUCUUUUUGUGGGAAAAUAUAUUACCAUCACCUUUGCGAAGUGUCCCUUGCAAGGAUUACCUGACCCAGAAUCACUACAUCACAAGUCCCCUGUCGGAAGAAGAGGCUGCAUUCCCUUUGGCCUAUGUCAUGGUCAUCCAUAAGGACUUUGAUACCUUUGAAAGGCUCUUUAGGGCUAUCUAUAUGCCCCAAAAUGUCUACUGUGUUCACGUGGAUGAGAAAGCCCCAGCUGAGUAUAAGGAAUCUGUGAGGCAGUUACUGAGUUGCUUCCAAAAUGCUUUCAUUGCUUCAAAGACAGAGUCUGUGGUUUAUGCAGGCAUUUCCAGACUCCAGGCUGACCUGAACUGUCUGAAAGACCUUGUCGUCUCUGAGGUUCCCUGGAAGUACGUCAUCAACACCUGUGGACAAGACUUCCCCCUGAAAACCAACCGGGAGAUAGUUCAGCAUCUGAAAGGAUUUAAAGGGAAAAAUAUCACCCCAGGGGUGCUGCCUCCUGACCAUGCAAUUAAGCGAACUAAAUAUGUCCACCAAGAGCAUACAGAUAAAGGUGGCUUUUUUGUGAAAAAUACUAAUAUUUUGAAAACUUCACCUCCACAUCAGCUGACCAUCUACUUUGGCACUGCCUAUGUGGCGCUUACCAGAGAGUUUGUCGACUUUGUUCUACGUGACCAAAGGGCCAUUGAUCUACUACGAUGGUCAAAAGAUACCUAUAGUCCUGAUGAGCAUUUCUGGGUGACACUUAAUAGGGUUUCAGGUGUUCCUGGCUCUAUGCCAAAUGCAUCCUGGACUGGAAACCUCAGAGCUAUAAAGUGGAGUGACAUGGAAGACAGACACGGAGGCUGCCACGGCCACUAUGUACAUGGUAUUUGUAUCUAUGGAAACGGAGACUUAAAGUGGUUGGUUAAUUCACCAAGCCUGUUUGCUAACAAGUUUGAGCUUAAUACCUACCCCCUUACUGUGGAAUGCCUAGAACUGAGGCAUCGCGAAAGAACCCUCAAUCAGAGUGAAACUGCGAUACAACCCAGCUGGUAUUUUUGAGCUAUUCAUGAGCUACUCAUGACUGAAGGGAAACUGCAGCUGGGAAGAGGAGCCUGUUUUUGUGAGAGACUUUUGCCUUCGUAAUGUUAACGGUUUCAGGACCACGUUUAUAGCUUCAGGACCUGGCUACAUAAUUAUACUUAAAAUAUCCACUGGACACUGUGAAAUACACUAACAGGAUGGCUGGAUAGAGCAAUCUGGACACUUUGGCCAAUUUUAGUCUUGCUGUUUCUUGAUGCUCACCUCUAUAUUAGUUUAUUGUUAGGAUCAAUGAUAAAUUUAAAUGACCUCAGAUCUUUGCACCAGAUACUCAUCAUAUACAAAUGUUUUAGUAAAAAAGAGAAUUGUAGAUAAUACUGUCUAGGAAAAUAAGAAUUAGGUUUCUUUGAAGAAGGAAUCUUUUAUAACACUUUAACAGUCACCACUGUGCUCAACCAGACAGAUACUGAAACAGCUUUCUGGGUAAUUCACCAAUUUCCUUUAAAACAUAACCUACCUGAAUGGAGAAUAGAUCUUGUUUCUGAGUUUCAACACUAGCAUUUUUGGCUUACUCAUGGACAAAGUUCUGUAUAUAGUAUAAAGUCAUUAACAAGAAACAGGAUAUGCUUUAAGACAGAAUUCACUGUCUGUUGCUUCAGUAAAAGGACCUCGGGGAAUAAAACAUUUCUCUCUUAUAUGCCAGAAUGUAGGCUGGUCCCUAUGUCAUGUCUUCCAUUAAGAACACUAAAAAGUCCUUGCAAGAAUGGAGAUAUGCAUUCAAGAGAGGUGCUAUCACAUAGAUCUAGUCUGAAGUCUGGAACACUUUCCUCUUCUAUGACCCUUCUCUCCCCAGUAUUAUCUUACUUGCAAAAUAGAGACCAAAUUCUAUCCUGUGAGGCUUUUAAUUGCACCAUAGUAUGCUCUGAGUAGAUUUACACUGCCUGGUACUGAUAGUAGUGGCUCGAUUUUUAACAGCCUUCAGUUGUAGAUGAACAUCUCUGUUAUUUAUCCCUCAUUCAUCCAUCCGUUCAUUCAUUCAGCCUUCAUUCAAUCAACAUCUCUUGAGUGUCUAUUAUGUACAGGACAUGUACUGAGACAAAAAGGAAACAUAAGAGCUUUUUCACUCUAAAAAUCUUGGCAAUAAUGUCAACACCAGAAAGCCUCCUCUGGAGAAUCUUACAGAGUGAUUGUAGUUUAAUACAGGAACACACAGGGCUGUGUAGCAUGAUACCAGGCCCAGGAGAUCAGUAAUUACAAAUUAAGGGUUAAAUCAGAGAUUAUUCAACAGAGAGGGAGAAAGGAGGAGACAGAGGGAGGACCUGUUGUGUUCCAGCCAUUCUGGUAUUCCUUUAUGUAUCUAAUUUCAUUCAAACCUCACAACAGUCUUGUGAGGCCCUUAUAUAAUUACUCCCAUUUUGCAGAUGAAGUAACUGAGGCUUAGAAAGGUUGAUAGCACCGGGGAACAAUUUCUCUGGGUGAGAAUUGGGACUCUGUUGCUGGUCUUCUCAGUUCAUUUCCUGAGGUGGAUUUACUGAGAGAAGGUGAAAUAAAGCCAUAUUUAGUAUACCAGAGAAGGUAGAUUUUAAGAACGGUCUCAGUGUUAAUAACGAGAAAAAGUCCUGUCAGCUCAGAAAAAAUGUGAAGUCUACUUUAGUAUUCCUGUAAUACUAAACCGUUGAGUUUCUAAAUAUUUAUUUAUUCUAACAAAAAGCAAUUACUACAAUGGAUGACGCAUUUAAUGAAUGCAAUUUUAUUUUUUUUCUGUAACUGUGCUUGUUGAAUGUCAAUCAUAUUUAAAGGGAAUGACUUUGAAGUAAAACCUUUUUUCUUGCUACUGAAAAAAAAAUGGAGUUGUUUUGGGUGGUAAAGGGUUAAGGAAUAGGGACAGCUGGUCACACAAGGAACUCUUGAAGGCCACAUGUGAAAACCUGUCACUUGCACAGAGGCCAGUCCCACUAAGGUGACCAGAGUGGGCUCCAAGCACAAACUGCCAUUGCUAUAGAUGGGACUGUGUCCCCCCAAAAUUCAUGUGUUGGAGCCUUAACCCUCAAUGUGAUGGUAUUUGAGAUGGGGCCUUUGGUAAGGGAAGUUUAGAUGAGGUCACGAGGGUAGGACCCUCAUGAUGGGAUGAGUCCCCUUACAAGACCUCUGGCUUGGGCCGGGCGUGGUGGCUCACGCCUGUAAUCCCAACACUUUGGGAGGCCAAGGCAGGUAGAUCACUUGAUGCCAGGAGUUCCAGACCAGGCUGGCCAACAUGGUGAAACCCCAUCUCUACUGAAAAAUACAAAAAUUAGCUGGGCUUUGUGGCAUGUGCCUGUAAUCCCAGCUAUUUGGCAGGCUGAGGCAUGAGAAUCGCUUGAACCCAGGAGGUGGAGGUUACAGUGAGCUGAGAGCGCCCCACUGCACUCCAGCCUGGGUGACAGAGCGAGACUUUGUCUCAAAACAAAAUAGGUGAGGGGAUAGCAAAUGCACUCAGGGUCAGCAGUGGAGUUUAAAAAUUGUCUCUUUUCAACUUAUUUAAAUGACAGCACCUGAGAAGAGGAAACGUUUUACACUGGAUGUUUCUCAUGUAGAACAAGAAAUCUUUCUGGAAUUGAUGUUUACAUGUCUGUUGUUGGUCAUCUCUCCUGUGUCUUAAAUACUUUAAUGUUGGAAGAGCAUAGUGUUUGGGCUAGUGGGUUUCUGACAGCCCAUGGGAAUGCCCUGAAACUACUGUGUCUGAUGUUUGUUUUUGAUGAGGUUCCAUGUUUUGUUUUCUUGGGAAUAAAUUAAUAUAUUGUUUUCCA